AUGUCCGUCGUACUUGCUCCAAAAAAUAAUUUAGAUCAACAACUUAAAUGGCUGACGGAAAACAGACCAAAGCGUCGCGUGCCUUGUUCUCCAUUAGACUUACAACAGAACACGAAAUGUUCACGUAUUUAUGCAAACAAAGAUUUAAAUACCGGGUUUACCAUAAACACUAAAACUUAUGAAGAGUGGAUAAAUGAUUUUGAACCAUUCACUGAAGAAGAACUAAAAAGUGAUUUAGAGGCAUUGGGUCUUAAAGAUAUUAUUACUUCGAACAAAAAUAUCAAUGACAAUAAUAGUACUAUUAAUACCAAUACUCAAGAAUAUGAUACAUACGAUGACUUGGUUAAAGAUUUUGAACCAUUUACCGAAGAAGAGUUAAAAAGCGAUCUAGAAACGUUUGGGCUUACAAUUUCACCGAGCACGCCGUAUGUAAAGUCUCAUGCUGAAGUUUCUACAUUUAAACUUGAUCUUAACUUCUCUAAAUUAGAGAGUAUUGAUAUAACGCAUGACCUGUGGCCAGAGAACAAUCAGGAUCUCGUAAAUAUGAGCUAUGAGGAAUUGAAACAAUGUUUAUCUACUGUCCAGUUCAUAAAAUGCAAAAUUGGUGAUGAAUUGUGUGAUUUGAUUGAAAAUAGUACGAGUGAUGAUUAUCGAAAAAAUAUAUUACGUAAAAAAAGAUUAGAUUCUUUCAAACGAAUUGAUGCAAUAAAAGAAAAAUUAUUAUCAAAUGGUUCAAAUAAUAUCAUUGAUUCUUCUGCACAUAAUGAGACUUAUUCGGCCUUUUCCAAUCGAUUAAUAUCCGAUAAAGAAAAUAUCAUUGAUUCUUCUGCACGUAAUGAGACUUAUUCGGCCUUUUCCAAUCGAUUAAUAUCCGAUAAAGAAAAUAUCAUUGGUUCUUCUGCACAUUAUGAGACUUAUUCAGCCUUUUCCAAUCGAUUAAUAUCCGAUAAAGAAAAUAUCAUUGGGUCUUCUGCACAUUAUGAGACUUAUUCGGCCUUUUCCAAUCGAUCAAUAUCUGAUAAUGAUAAUAUCAUUGAUUCUUCUGCACAUUAUGAGACUUAUUCGACCUUUUCCAAUCGAUUAAUAUCUGAUAUAUCUGAUAAUAAUAUCAUUGAUUCUUCUGCACAUUAUGAGACUUAUUCGACCUUUUCCAAUCGAUCAAUAUCUGAUAAUAUCAUUGAUUCUUCUGCACAAGAUAAUAACACUGAGAUUUUUAAAGUGUUACGGGGUAACUUUAAAUUAGAAACAUUUCGACAAAAUCAAUUAGAGGCCAUUAAUGCAACACUGCAGAGAAAAGACGUUUUUGUAUUGAUGCCUACCGGAGGCGGAAAAAGUUUAUGUUAUCAAUUACCGGCUGUAUUGGAUAACAUUAGAACUAACAAAGUCACCGUUGUAAUCUCACCAUUACUAUCACUCAUUCAAGAUCAGAUUCAGCGCUUAAAUCAACUUAAAAUUCACGCAUUGGAACUGCAAGGUGAUCAUGAUAUAACCCGUCGAAAUAUGGUGUUUUAUGAGUUAGAAAAAUCAGCACCAACGCUUGUGCUACUUUAUUUGACACCAGAGAUGUUAAAUAGAAGCAAUCGUGUCAUGGAGUUAAUUCAAUCUCUUCAUCGUCGCGGAAAAUUAGCUCGAUUUGUGAUCGAUGAAGCUCAUUGUGUAAGUCAAUGGGGCCAUGAUUUUCGACCGGACUAUAAAGACCUUGGACAAUUGAAGGUGAAAUUUCCUAAUGUUCCGAUGAUAGCACUCACUGCAACUGCAACUGCUCGAGUUAAAGAAGACGUGAUUCAUAACCUAUCAAUGAAACAUUGUGAAAUAUUUAUUCAGGGGUUUAAUAGAAGCAACUUGGUAUAUCAAGUUUGGAACAAGACUAAAAAUGUGGAUACACAAAUUGUUAAUUUUAUUCGUUCUAAUUAUCUGAGAGAGACAGGGAUUAUUUAUUGUACUUCAAAAGCUUCAUGUGAAGAUGUUGCUCAAAUGCUUUGUCAAAAAGGUUUAAGUGCAUCAUAUUAUCAUGCCGGGCUGGAUAAACGAGAUAGGCAAAGGAUUCAAGAAGAUUGGCAUUCCAACAAAGUUCGAAUAAUCGUAGCAACCACAGCAUUUGGAAUGGGGAUUGACAAAUCAAGUGUUCGUUAUGUAAUUCAUUAUUCAAUUCCGCAGUCGUUAGAAGGAUACUACCAGGAGACAGGACGUGCAGGCAGGGAUGGAGAAAAAUCAGUGUGCAUAUUAUUUUAUACCUAUACAGAUAAAUUUGCUAUUGAAAAAAUGAUUAUAUCGGGAGAUGGGGGCUUUCAACAAAAGCAACAACAACGAGAAAAUUUACGAAGAAUGUUAAAAUAUUGCGAAAAUAAAUAUGAUUGCCGUCGUCAACAAAUUUUGGCAUAUUUUGGCGAACUAUUUAAUUCAAGUCAAUGUCAUAAAACCUGUGAUAAUUGUGAAAUGGCAGCUACGACACGAAUAACCGAAUUCGAUGCUACACAAGAAGCUAAGGACAUUAUACGAUUAGUGGAACGGAAUAAGCACGCAGAUGUUACUAGUAAUCAGUUUAUAAGCAUGAUGAAGACAGAGAACAGUAAAAAUUUUGCCUCUAUUGUUCAAAAGAAACAUUUAGUACUCCCACCCGAAUUUAAACCCUCUACCCUAUCAAAGGAUCAAUUAGAUAAGUUGUUUAAGACAAUGAUACUACAGGAAUUCUUAUUAGAACAAAAUCAACCAAACAAUCAAGGAUAUAUCACAUCUUAUAUAAAGGUUGGCAUUAAAGCUAACGAUAUAUUAAGGGGUAAGGAAACUAUCAAAUUGAAAAUGGUAACCUGA